AUGCAAAUAACCGUCAAAACUCUAAACAAUAGAGUUCUAUCACUCGAUGUCGAAUCGAAUGAUACAAUUGAAUCGGUAAAGAAUCAAAUAUUCAAUAAAGAUGGAGUUCCCAUCAGUGAACAACGUUUAAUAUUUGCUGGUAAAGAAAUGGAGAAUGAUAAAACGCUACUGGAUUACAAUAUUCAAAAAGAUUCAACUCUUCACUUUUUAUUUAAAUUGAGAGGAUGA